UGCUGAUAAAAAGAGCCAGAAGCGAAGUGUAGGUUCGGAUAUUAAGAAUUAGCAUAUAGUUUGGUGGAAGUGAAUCUAGCUAUCUUGCAAUGGGCAAGCAACCGCAUGUAGUGGUUAUUCCAUAUCCUGCACAAGGCCAUGUUGCACCUCUUUUGAAAUUGGCAACAAAGAUUGCCAAACAUGGAAUCAAGGUCACCUUUGUUAACACUGAGUUUAUUCAUGCGAAAAUCAUGGCUUCAACUCCAGACAAAGCUGAGGAGUUGAGCCCGGUGAGGCUGGUUUCAUUUCCAGAUGGACUUGAAGAGGGAGAUGAUCGGAACGAUUUUAUUAAGGCUAGAAAUAGUAUGUUUAGAGUCAUGCCAGGUCACUUGAAGGACUUGAUUGAGAAGAUCAACAAAUCAAGUGACAGUGAGCAGAUCACAUGUGUCAUUGCUGAUAUAUCUGUUAAAUGGGCACUGGAAGUUGCCCAAAGCAUGGGAAUUCCGAGGGCUGUGGUUAUACCUUAUGGACCAGCAUGCUUGGUUCUGGCACUUCACAUUCCGAAGCUUCUGGAGGCAGGACUUAUAGAUACUAAUGGGACUGCGUUGAAUGAUGGGUUGAUCUCAUUAUCUGAAGAAUCUCUAGCCUGGAACGGUAAAGAGUUCCCAUGGAGUUUCCCGGUUGAUUCGAAUAUAGAAAAGUUGUUCUUUGAAUUUGCCACUGCUGUUGCUCAAACUGUGAGGAUUUCCAACUGGGUUCUUUCCAAUUCAUUUUAUGAACUUGACUCAUCAUCCUGUGAUUUGGUUCCCAGCAUCUUACCAAUUGGUCCAUUACUAGUAAGUAAUCAUUCAGGACAUUUUGCCGGCAGCUUGAGGCCUGAGGACUCCACAUGCUUAAGCUGGCUUGAUAAACAACCGAUGGGUUCAGUCAUUUAUGUUGCAUUGGGCAGCAUAACAACCUUAAAUCAGCAACAGUUUGAUGAAUUAGCUCUUGGUCUUGAAUCCUCAUGUCAACCAUUUCUGUGGAUCGUUCGAUCAGACCUUGUGACUGAAUCGUUCCGCGGGUUCCCAGAUGGAUUUAAAGAGAGAAUAGGCAGUCGAGGAAAGAUUGUUGAAUGGGCACCUCAAGAGAAGGUAUUAGCUAAUUCUUCUCUUGCUUGUUUCUUAAGUCAUUGCGGAUGGAAUUCAACUAUGGAAGGUUUAAGCAUGGGAGUUCCUUUUCUUUGUUGGCCUUAUUUCGGGGAUCAAUAUCAGAAUAAAAAUUAUAUUUGUGAAGGUUGGAAGAUUGGUUUAGAAUUAACCCCAGAUGAAAAUGGGGUAGUUACAAGGCAUGAAAUACAAAAAAAGGUGAAAAAACUGCUCAGUGAUGAUGGUAUCAAAGCAAAUUCAGUGAAGCUGAAGGAAAUGGCUAGAAGGAGUCUUGUUGAAGGUGGAUCUUCAUUCAAUAAUUUUCAGAAAUUUAUUGUUCAGAUGAAGUCUAGUUAA